AAAAAAAAAAAAAAACCCCUCCUCGAUGCGUCAGUAGGAGUUCAAAGACACGUACUCGGAAGGCACGUUCGCUCGCCGCAACGCUCGUUCCCUCUUCACCUCUCUCCCCUGGUCGAGCGACGGUCGACCCAGCUUUGUCACUGGCUGCUCACGUUCGUUACAUUCCGCGAUUCCGAUUUCGGUCUCCAUGGUCACUGUUAGAUGAGCAACAAUAAUAGGAACGAUAAUAGCUCGCCAACGCCAGGCGCGAAAUACAGAUCAACAUUGUCGACAACAACGUCGACAAAACAGGUCAUUGCUCUAUCUGAGUCACCGCUCCAAUUUAUCAAGCUUUGGUGGCUCAACGGGCUGUCAAAUCCGCGCGAGACAGGGUGCACGCUUCUAUACCCCUGGCUGCACAGAUUUAUGGCCCCUAAGACCAUGGAACACGUUCGCUCGACGGCGGAACGCCGACUGCGUCCGCUACGCCUGCCUUCUGCCAGGAUCAUGGGACACGUGAACAACACCUCCUAUGACGCCGUUCUCGAGUCAUUUAGGUUGCGUGGUGUUGCUCCAGACAUGCCCGAGUGCUGGGGCCAUCGUGGAGCUUCCGUUGCGUUCCCUGAAAACACCAUCGCCUCGUUUGAACGUGCAAUCCGAGAUGGCUCCGAAGGUCUCGAGAGCGAUGUCCACAUCACCGCGGACGACGUCAUCAUCAUGUUCCAUGACGCCGCCCUCGGUCGCACCACCGACGGCAAGGGCCUGAUCAAGAAUCAAAAUUGGGACGGCAACAUCGAGAAUAUUCGCACUCUCAAGCAACCCUUCCAACAAAUUCCUACGUUCCGCCAAGCCUGUGAUCUCCUGAUGCGGCCAGAGAACCAACACGUCAAGUUUAAUAUUGACAUCAAGCCCGACAACCAGCCUGAGCGCCUCUUCAAGCUGAUGAAGGAGAUUGUCGAGUCGUACCCGGAUUUCGAGUCAAAGCUUGCGCCGCGGCUCAUUCUCGGCCUGUGGCACCCCAUCUUCCUCGACGCCGCACUCAAAUUUGUGCCAGCGCUUCGCCGCGUUCACAUCGGCGGCAGCCCCAUGGCGGCUCGCACCUACUUUUGGAACCAUUGUGACGGAUUCAGCAUGUGGUUCCCCAGCCUCGUCGGUGCAGACGGACAAGCCUUCCUCCAGGAAGCCCGUGAGGCAAAGAAAGACGUCUUUGUGUGGACCGUCAACCGUCGCGACGAAAUGAUCGAGGCAACUCGGUGGGGGGUCAAGGCUAUCCUGACUGACAAGACCGACAUGUUCCAGGAGGUGCGCAAGGACAUGGCGUCCGACUACAUCAGCACGAGAAGCGAGCAGGUCGGCCUCUUUUUCCGAUGGGCGUCCUGGAAGUACUACAUGUUCCCCAUCUUCUUCUACCAGACUUUGUGGAUUUCGCAAAUCGAAGGCCGGGCAGGCAUCUCUUUCAAGGAUGGAAGGAGCAAGGAAGAUGGCGCUACUAGAACAAGCCCGGUCUCGAUUCUCGACGAGAAAACGAUGCCGCUCGAUGAUGCACCGGCAGCACCUCCCAUCGCCCCCACGCCCAUCUCAGCCACUGCUUGAUCUCUUUGACUCGACAUUCACCUGCUGUAUAAUUAUCGCGAAACGUUUCUUCCCCCUCUCCCGUGCUCUUUUUAUCAUUUAUCAUCUCAUAAACUAGAAAAGCUUCCAGAUCAUGUCAUCAGAGUCACCGACCCUUCUCAAUACAUCAACACAAAGCGUCCAGGACGCUUCCAUCAGAGC